CAAACAUCACUGAAUAUCCGACCAACCUCCUUGACGUCAGAUAGUUGCCCUUGUAUGAGAGAGAUGUCUACUUCCUCGAAUUUGGGAUUUCCAAAAGCACAGGAAACAACUUAAGUACAUCAUUUACUUUUUCGUCCGUCGUUUCCAGGUGAAAUGAGGCUCAGCAUUCGACUUGCUUACCUUUUCCUGUAUAACCUGCUUCAGUUCUGUGGGCACACAUGGAUAUUUGCAAACAUGACAGCCAGGUUUCUCACAUUUGGUGGAGACGCGCUUGCUGACACCUUCUAUGCUGUGGGGGUUGUGAUGAGUCUAUGCCAGCUGUUGUCCGUGCUGGAGCUCUUCCACAUCGCUGAUGGGAUCGAGAAGGCACGCCUUCUGCCACGGUUUGUUCAAGUUAUGACCAGAAACUUCCUACUGUUUAUGGUGAUAGUCAGUCAAGAGGAGAUCCAGAGUAAACCGGUUGUGUCUGCACAGUUUUACCUUUGGAAUAUUCUAGAUCUGUUAAGGUACCCCCAUGUUCUCCUGUGUUUGAUGGGCACAGAUUCCUUUGGCAUGCUGUGGGCUCGAUACACCCUAUCCAUCCCCAUCUACAUAGUCUCAGUCAUCACAGAAGGCAUUACCAUUCACCAAUCACUGCCUUACUUUGAGUCAUUGGGAACAUACUCAUUCCAGCUCAGCCUGCCGGUGUCUGCAGGCAUUUACUUCCCUAUCCUCCUGAAGGCAUACUUACCUUUACUGGCUGUUGGGGCUUGUGCAACAGUGUGGCAUUCGCUGAGGGCGAGAGAACUGCGUCUUGACAAGUGGAAUAAGAAGAUUAAAAGGAAAUGAGGUGGAUUUCUUAUUGCAGGAUAUAUCACUUCAGGAGUUACUUAAGAAGACAUGAAGACAUUAUGACCCAACAGCAAAUGAGAACAUCUUCCUAAGAAGCCUUCUUUGCACAACAUCGCUUUGAUGAGGUCACACUUUCGGGAAUAGUUGGAUAAGCAAAAUGUUUAUAAACGUGUUCAGUUGAGAAACUUGCUGGUCUCUUCUUCCAAGGCUUGAUGUCCAAUCUAAGCACUACUUAGUCUAAAAUGAACAAAGCAUCAGAAAAUCAGUUUGUGUUAACAUCUCAAGUGCUUUAAUGAGGAACUCAGUGUUGCACAACAAGUCUUUUUCUCAGUAAUGUUAGUAAAGUAAACAAUUGCACAGUACAAGUGGCAGGAAUGAUACACACACACACACACACACACACACACACACACACACACACACACACACACACACACACACACACACACACACACACACACACACACACACACACACACACACACACACACACACACACACACACACACACACACACACACACACACACACACACCUUGUCAUGGGGGAAAAUAGAUUGUUUCAUGGCCAAAGCAUCCCACUGUUGAAAGCCCCACCUUGAAACAAGGGCAGGCACAGGGGUGUCUAGACUAUCUCCACAAGGCUAGAUUCCUUAGUUGCUUCAUCCAUAUUUUAUAUAUACCCAUUGAUUCUUGAAGACUGUAACUUGCCUCAUGAGUUUUGUUCAAUUGUUGUACUUUAUCAGAACCCAAAAUCUACUCCAAUGUAAAAAAUAAAUUAACCAAACACUGUAUAGCCUCAAAACAUAGAUCAAACUAUAAAUGUUGAUAUAAUGGAUGGUCAGUCCUUGCAUCCAUAGCUCGGUCUAUGAAUUUGAGAGCGGUUACAUUUCUUCAGGCCCAUCCCUCAGCUUUUUACCAAAACAAUCAAGGAUUCUAGCUUUAAGCAGGACACCUCAGAGUGGGGGAAUUAUUUUUCUCCUCCCUCUCAAAUUCCAUCCCUAACCCCCAAGUGACCUCUGCGGCUGCUACCCUGGGAUACCGCCCACAAUAUACUGCUACAUGCAGACCAAGGCAGUGAGUGUUUGAAGCGUCAAAGCUGAAGAAGGUCAGGCUGGGCCGAAUGGCUGUGAUGUCACUUCCUGUGAGCCUAGAGGAAAGCAGGAAGUUGGCCCAGGUCACCAACCGUACGCUCGCGUCCACACCGCUUUUUUCUUGAAAUCCGUGGAGGACUUCAGAGCCAGCAAGGCAGCUGUACAGAAAGGGGAGAGAAAUAUCAGUGGGGUGUGAGAAACCAGUGGUCAAAAUCAAAAAGCCCUUUGGUCUUGAAAUACUGCAUGUACUUCCUAUUUUUCCAUAUAAAAGUGUCUGCUAAAUGACCAUA